GGAGAGUACAUGGAGACCUCUCAAAAGCUAAGAGUUCCCAUGGAUCAUAAUGAAUCUGUGAAGAUAAUUGAGGUCUCUAAGGUAACUCCUUCAGCACAAGAAUCAACCGUUCCCAAGUCUCUUCCUCUCACCUUUUUCGACCUCAUAUGGCUCAGAUUCCAUCCAAUUCAACGCCUUUUCUUCUACGAACUAUCUUCCACUGAGCUCUCAUUCCUAGACGCCAUUCUUCCAAACCUCAAAGCCUCUCUCGCUCUCGCUCUCCGCUACUAUCUUCCUGUUGCUGGCAGCCUCGUUUGGCCCCAACAUUAUGCGGUGCCCGCCGUUGAGUUUGUUGAAGGCGAUGGCGUAGUGCUCACUGUGGCCGAGUCCGACGCUGAUUUUUACCAUCUUGCUGGAAAUGGGUUUCGUGAAAUUGAAGCAUAUCAUCCACUUGUCCCUCAAUUGGCUGUGUCCGAUGAUCGUGCUGCAGUGAUAGCUCUCCAACUCACUUUGUUUCCAAAUAAAGGGUUUUCCAUUGGAAUAACAAACCACCAUGCGGUUCUAGAUGGAAGAACUUCUACUUCAUUUGUCAAGUUGUGGGCUCAUCUUUGUAAUCUUCUUGUCACUUCAGGAUCCUCCAUUCCAACAACCGACGAAUUCAUGCCCUUCUACGACAGGUCAGCUAUCAACGAUCCGAAGGGUCUCACGGGGAUUUACGCAAAUGCAUGGCUAAACUACGAAGGACCCAACAAUAGGAGCUUGAAGCUAAAGAUACCCAACACUCGACCUGGGUUAAUUCGAUGCACUCUCAAGUUUACCCAUCAAGACAUGCAAAAACUAAAGCAAUGGGUUAUAAAGGAGAGGCAAAAUUCUCAUAUUUCUUCCUUUGCAUUGACAACUGCUUAUCUCUGUGUAUGCAUAGCCAAGUCCAAUGGCACAAGAGAAGGAAACUUAGCGUUUGGAUUCCCUGCCGACGCUAGAUCUCGUUUAAAACCUCCACUGCCUUCUAAUUACUUUGGUAACUGUGUAUCUGUUCGUGGCGUUUUCAUUGAAAGAACAGAGCUUUUGGGUGAAAAAGGAAUAGUUGUGGGUAGCAAGGCAAUUUCAGAGGCUGUUAAAAGCUUGGAAGAAGGAGCUCUAGAUAGGGCAGAACGUUGGUGCAAAUUCAUGAUUGCUUCAAUCGGUAAUGAUUCGGGUGAAAAAAUGAUUACAGUUGGUGGGUCGCCAAAGUUCGAAGUUUACAGUGCAGAUUUUGGGUGGGGAAAGCCGAGGAAGGUGGAAUUGGUGUCUUCUGAGUCACCAACGACAGUGUCUUUAACAGACAGCGCAGAUGGCGAUGGGGGCAUAGAAAUUGGAGUGGUUAAGGAGAGAGAUGAAUUGGAAGGCUUUGUUGCUCUGUUUGUUAAAGGUCUUGAAUCCUAUUUCGAAGCGCAGGAUUCACCAAGCUGUUAGUUCGUCAACUUUUCAUUGUCUUUAGACUUUAUUUGAUAUCAUUUUAAGAUUCCAAAUCGUUGGUUGUCGGCCACAAAUAUUGAAAAAUGAAGCAUAGUCAUGUGGGUGUUUCCUUAAAGUAACGAACAAACAUAUUAGUUGACAACAAUUGGAUUGUCCUAUAUUAAAUAAAUGAUGAAUUGCAAC